AUGGCAGCCUCUGCUUCUGUCAAAUUAUUUCCCGAAUCCAGGUCAACCGGUCGCCGCAGCUUCCGUGGUGGAGACGUUGAUCAACCCAGCGUUUAUCUCCAUGAACGACUCCGGGAGAAUGACGAGAUCCGGCUGUUGAACCUUUACCCUGGGGCACCUGAGGACACCAUUAGGGCAAACCUUGAGAUCGUCAGCAUCAAUGAACGUCAUAACUAUGACGCCAUAUCAUAUACAUGGGCAGACGAAAACGGCGAUACAAGAAAAUGUUGCAGCAUCAUUCUUGAGCCCCUCGGGGUGUGCCUGCCAAUCACGCGGAACUGUGACUCUGUGUUGCGACGGGUACGCAAGCACACCAGCAGGGUCUGGAUCGAUGCAGUUUGCAUCGACCAAAGAAAUAUCCAGGAGCGUGGCAAGCAAGUCAAUGUGAUGCCUCUAAUUUACAUGGGCGCCUCGCGAACGUUCCUUUACGUGGGGGAAGGCUCAGACGAUAGCGCUCUGGUCCUUGGAAAUUUGUCCAAAGGCAUCUGGACACCACCGCACCUUUUGGAGUCGUUCUUCAAACGUCCGUACUUUUCGCGUGUCUGGGUCGUGCAGGAGGUAGCAAUGUCCAAGCGGAUCACAAUAAUGUGUGGUGACAUCGCGGUAGAGUGGACGAAGUUUAUGCAGAUUGAACAUCUGCGCCGGAUCUACACAUCAAGUUUUCACGAUACAUUUCCCACGAUGCUCCGACUGGAAGAGCAAUUUAUCUCUCGCUCGGCUACUGUAUUGGACGUACUUGUCCUAGGUCGAAGCUGCGAGGCUUCUGAUACGAGGGACAAAGUCUUUGCACUGCUAGGACUGGUCGAACAAACAUCUGCCAACUCUCGACUUUUCGCCAAUUACUUUCUGAGUGCAGCCGAGGUUUACAAGCAGAUAGCCAUGCACCUGGUCAUAGUUGAGAAAAGGGGGCUCGAUGUGCUCCUGGGAAACCUAUGCUAUCGAAGUCAUGAAGAGAAGGCACAUGUGCCACACCUACCGUCCUGGGUACCGGACUGGAAUCAACACGAACCGACACUUAUACAGCUCGCUCCCCGAACGCUACUUUCCCUUGAAAAUCGAUUCUCAAUGCUAUUUCAAAGAGGCGGCCGAGGUCUGUUCUUGAAAGGCUCCAUGCUUGGCACUCUCAAGGCCUUCAAGAAGACUUUCAAGGACUCCCAGUCAGUGCUACGCUUGUCUCAUCGAGGUUUCCGAGCCUCAGGAGCACUACCGAAAGCAUUCAACGACGAAAACAUAUUUGUCUUCUGGACAGACGCCAUCCCAUCGCUCUCGGAAGUCUUUUGGGAAAACCGAUGGCCAGCUGUGAGGGAGACUGACUUCGAAGACUCAGCUACACCGAACCUGCCUUCCGUGUAUCCGUACCAAUGCGAAUUGCUCAUAGCACGUGUGAAUGUUGGCAAGGAGAAAAAUUUCAGGCUUUCGACGGAGUGGGAAGUCGAGAGCGGUGGGAAUCUGGACAUCUAUGCAGACCUCGAUGACGAACGUAGACUGCUGACCAUGAAAGCUGUCAGGGGGAGGAAAGCGUUGUCAGACUGGACCGGUGGUCUCUAUAAACCGGAAAGUUUUGAGUUCUUAGGUGUUGUUGAGAUUUUGUCACAUUGCCCUGACCCGAGGGAUAUCGUGUUUACAAUGGAUGGAGUGACCAUCAGGCUGGUAUAA